UUGCAGCAGCUCAGCCCGGAGGAGAGGGGCAGGGGCAGGGAGAGAGCCAGCGCCGCAUCCCUCGGCCGGACCGGACCAGACCAGACCAUCCCACCCCGGACGAUGCUGCUCCUGCUGCCGCUGCUCGUGGCCGCCUCUCUACUCCCGGCCGGAGCCAGCGCCGCGCCCAAAGUGGUGAACAUCGGCGCCGUCCUCAGCACCAAGAAGACGGAGAACACCUUCAGGGAGGCGGUGGAUGUGGCGAACCGCAAACAUGGAUCGCAGCGCAUUCAACUCAAUGCCACGGCAGUCACACACAAACCCAACGCUAUCCAGAUGGCGCUGGCUGUGUGCGAGGACCUCAUCAGCAGCCAGGUGUAUGCGAUAUUGGUGAGUCACCCACCUGGCCCUAGUGACCACCUCACGCCCACUCCAGUGUCCUACACGGCUGGCUUCUACCGAAUCCCAGUCAUUGGCUUGACCACACGCAUGUCCAUAUAUUCUGACAAGAGUAUCCACCUGUCGUUCCUGCGCACUGUGCCUCCCUAUUCUCACCAAGCCCAGGCCUGGUUUGAGAUGAUGAGGCGCUUCCGUUGGGGACACAUCAUUCUGGUGGUCAGCAACGAUCACGAGGGCCGGGCCACACAGAAGAAGCUGGAGACACUGCUAGAAGAAAAGGAGUCAAAGAAUAAAAAAAGGAACUUUGAAAACAAGGACCAUCAUUCGUAUGACAGCAGGCGAGGACCAAAGGCUGAGAAGAUCCUGCAGUUUGAACCAGGCACCACAAACAUGACAUCCAUGCUGCUGGAAGCAAAGGAUUUGGAGGCAAGAGUCAUCAUUCUAUCUGCCAAUGAAGACGAUGCCGUGACUAUGUACAAGACCGCCACCCUCCUCAACAUGACCGGGCCUGGUUAUGUCUGGCUUGUUGGAGAGAGAGAAAUAUCCGGCAGGGCCAUGCAACACGUUCCAGAAGGUGUGAUUGGCUUGCAACUUAUCGACGGUAAGAAUGAGACUGCUCACAUUCAUGAUGCGGUUGGUAUCGUGGCUCAGUCCAUCCACGAGCUCUUUGAGAAGGAGAACAUCACCGACCCUCCCAAAGGUUGUGUGGGAAACACCAACAUAUGGAAAACUGGACCUCUCUUUAAAAGGGUGCUGCUCUCCACCAAGUACCCAGAAGGCUUCACGGGACAAGUGGAGUUUAACGAUGAGGGAGAUCGCAAGUUUUCUAACUACAGCAUUGUGAAUGUGCAGAAAGGAAAGCUGGUGCAAAUUGGAGUUUAUAACGGCACCAACAUUCUGCUGAACGACAAGAAGAUCAUCUGGCCAGGCAGCGAGUUAAACACUCCCAAAGGCUUUCAGAUGUCAACAAGGUUAAAGAUCGUCAGUAUUUACCAAGAGCCGUUUGUAUACGUGAAGCCGACCACGGCAGACGGGACAUGUCAGGAGGAAUUCACGAUUCAUGGGGAUCCCAUCAAGAAGGUGAUCUGUACAGGGCCCAACGCCACUGUGCCCGGUUGGCCCAUCGUCCCUCAGUGUUGCUACGGAUUCUGCAUCGAUCUACUCAUCAAGCUCGCCAGCACCCCCACGCUCAACUUCACGUACGAGGUCCACCUCGUCCAAGAUGGGAAGUUCGGGACUCAGGAGCGAGUGAACAACAGCAACAAGAAGGAGUGGAACGGGAUGAUGGGGGAGUUGCUGAGCGGGCUGGGUGACAUGAUCGUGGCCCCUCUGACCAUCAAUAACGAGCGCGCACAGUACAUUGAAUUCUCCAAACCCUACAAGUACCAAGGACUCACCAUCUUGGUGAAGAAGGAAAUCCCACGCAGUACACUGGACUCGUUCAUGCAGCCGUUCCAGAGCACACUCUGGCUGCUGGUGGGGUUGUCGGUGCACGUGGUGGCUGUCAUGCUCUACCUCCUGGACAGGUUCAGUCCGUUUGGGCGAUUCAAGGUGAAUAGUGAGGAGGAAGAGGAGGAUGCUCUGACCCUGUCCUCAGCCAUGUGGUUCUCAUGGGGAGUGCUGCUGAAUUCUGGAAUUGGAGAAGGGGCUCCAAGAAGCUUCUCGGCUCGAAUCUUGGGCAUGGUUUGGGCUGGAUUUGCUAUGAUCAUCGUCGCCUCCUACACCGCCAACCUGGCAGCUUUCCUGGUGUUGGACAGACCCGAGGAGAGAAUCACUGGAAUUAAUGACCCCAGGCUGAGGAACCCGUCGGAUAAGUUCAUCUACGCCACGGUGAAGCAGAGCUCGGUGGACAUCUACUUCCGGCGCCAGGUGGAGCUGAGCACCAUGUACCGGCACAUGGAGAAACACAACUAUGAGAACGCGGCGGACGCCAUCCAGGCCGUGCGGGUCGGGAAACUGCACGCAUUCAUCUGGGACUCAGCAGUGCUGGAGUUCGAGGCUUCACAGAAGUGCGACCUGAUCACCACGGGAGAGCUCUUCUUCCGGUCUGGCUUUGGUAUCGGAAUGAGGAAGGACAGUCCGUGGAAGCAAGCUGUGUCACUCGCUAUCCUGAGUUUCCAUGAGAAUGGCUUUAUGGAGGAUUUGGACAAGACCUGGGUCAGGUACCAGGAAUGUGACUCACGCAGCAAUGCUCCAGCAACGCUCACUUUCGAAAACAUGGCAGGUGUCUUUAUGCUGGUUGCUGGAGGGAUUGUGGCAGGAAUAUUCCUGAUAUUUAUUGAGAUAGCCUACAAGCGCCACAAAGACGCUCGCAGAAAGCAGAUGCAGCUGGCCUUCGCCGCUGUCAAUGUCUGGAGGAAGAAUUUGCAGGAUAGAAAAAAUGGUAGCCCAGAACCUGACCCUAAAAAGAAAGCAGCAUCUUUUAGAUCGCUCACUUCAACACUGACCUCCAGCUUCAAGAGACGUAGGUCUUCCAAAGACACGCAGUACCACCCUACUGAUAUAAGUGGGCAACUGAAUCUCUCAGACCCUUCUGUCAGCACAGUAGUGUGAAUCUUCCCACAAUACAGAUGUUUAAAACCAGAAAGAAUUAAGCAACUCAAGAAUUAUUAUCCAACAGCGGUAGACUUUAGAACACCAGCAGUAAGCAGAGUGAAAGGAAAGAAGAAUCAAAAGAUACCGUGGAAUCACAACAGAAUCAUCAGCAUUAGCUUUUUCUGCAAAACUUCAGUGUUAAAGUUACUGAAACUUGUGUGGCCUAAUCAGAGGAAAGUUGCACAUAUUGCCAGUAUUUUAUUUGCUUACUCAGCCUCUGGUAUUAGAUAUUCAUCAAACCAAUCAGCAGAAUUUCAGCAUUUCUCACUGACCAUCAACAUUAAAACUGAUGAAUAAAUUGGGUAGCUCCAUGGUUUAGUGGGUCCCUUGGGAAUCUGCCAUUCAUCUAUCCAAGAGUAGUGCAAUGACCGUCUGAAUUACUCUAGCACAUUAUGUCUUUAUUUUGUAAACCAGCAUCUGCAGUUCAUUGUUGCUAUUAGUGCAAUGAUACUGCCUGGCUCUUGAAGUAAUGAGUACAAUGGGGUUGGUGCGUGUAGGCAUCAAGCCACAACAUAAUACAACCCUCUGCUCUGUAGAAAUUGUCAUUCACUUGACGGAUGUAAUCAGGGAGUCCACAAAUAGGGUAAGUGUGAAUGAAGAAAAUGAUGAUGCUGGUGCAAUAGCUGGCAUGUUUCUGAGAGGCAAAGCAGAUAAUGUGUGGGGGAAGAGAGCAGAUUUGUUGUGUUUUGACAGUUGUGCCAAAUCUAAACAAAAAUAAUUUUAAAGACUUAAAGCAUUGUAUUGUGAGAACAAAAUUUGAAUUCACACAUUUACUGCACAUAUUUUAAUGAGGAUAAGAUUAACAUAUCUUUCACUUGCUAACAUUAGUGGAUAAGUCUGUUGAUAUAUCAAAAUGUACAUCAAAGAUUAAGUAAAACAACAUGAUUGAAAGAUUAUGAUUUAAAAAAAGACAUAAAAUGUCUUCUUGGAA